UGUCUGUGGCUGCGGCUCUGCCAGGCUGGCACUGAGACAGGUGUCAUUUGGCCAGGUUAAUUAUUUCUGCAGUAUGGCGAUGGAUCCAGACAGAGAGGAGGCCGAGGUGUUUUCAGACCAAGACGAACCGGUGACAGAGGAGGAGGAGGAGGACGAGGAGGAGGACGAGGAGGAGGAUGCUAAGAUCUUCAGCGCCUGGAUGCAGCAGUACAGGACGGGGGAGCCUCAGAGGAGGAGGGGAGAGGAGCAGCAGGAGGAGCAGGAUCAGCAGGAGGAGGAGGAGGAGGGAGAGGAGGGAGAGGCAGAGGGAGGAAGAGCCAGCAGCAGGAGCAGCAGGAGCAGCCUGGAGGCGGCGGCCAUGCGAGUGCGGAUGGAGCGCCGGGCGUCGCUGCCCUGUCCGGCGACUCUGUCGGCCAUGCAGCUGUCCCGCCUCCACUCGUCCACGCAGGCCCCGGUCACGGCGAGGACUCUGCUGCGCCGCUCCUCGUCCCGCCGCCUCCUGCCCCCCCUGCAGGAGCCAGGCUCCGCCCCCAGCCCCGCCCCCGAGCGACGCCCCUCCCUCAUAACCACAAUCCCCGAGGCCACCGAGAAGGAGAGGAAGGUCCUGUUCAGGAGGCGCACCGUCAUGUCCAUGAGCGAUGCAGACAGAGUGUGUCUGAUCUGUCAUGACGACCUGAACAAAGGAGGCAGCGGCACCAGAGAGCUGCAGUGCACACACACCUUCCACCAAGAGUGUAUAGAGGAGUGGCUGUGGAGGAAGCAGUCGUGUCCGACGUGUCGCAUUCAGGUUUCGGUCCCUCAGCCGCUCUACUGGGGCUCCACCCGGGUCAAAGUCCCAUGAGAGCGGCGGGACGGGAUGAUGACGUCAUCACAGCAGGGCGGGGCGAUGACGUCAUCACAGCAGGGCGGGACGAUGACAUCAUCCCAGCAGAUGGGACAGUGAAAUAAACUUGACAACUGUAAACCUCUUUUGUAUAGAGCUGUUUGCAUUAUGCAUACAACCUGAGCAUAUGAGCGGUACUGUGUUGCCUGGUGUGUGUGAGUGUGUGUGUGUGUGAGUGUGUGUGUGUUAACAGCAGUGUAGGAGACUGUGUGAUGUCAGAGCUCAGAGGGGCUGUACUGUAAAAACAUGGAAAUGUGCAAAACCAUUAAAAUGUGGCUGUAAAACAGGAACACAGAGCAACAUUCACUGUUUUUCUUCCAGCAGGCAGAUGAGAGCGUGAGCCAGAGUCCAGCUGUGUGAGUCCAGCUGUGUGAGUCCAGCUGUGUGAGUCCAGCUGUGUGACUCUGACUGAUGACGUCACACUGAUUAGCCUCCUCCAUAUUCAGUAAAUAAUCAGAAUGUAUUUUAUUAAUGUGCUUAUACAGAAUAUGAGAAUGAUGCACAUGUACAUGAGAAAAGAGCAAACUGUUUGGCUUUGACCAAAUCAAAACAGAGCUGCAGAAGGCGGGGCUGCUGCCUGUGUGACUUCACCUGUUUAUUGAUUUAUUUGGAUUGAUAUUAUCUGGGGGGAUACAUACAGCUGGACAUAUGUGUUAUCUGUUUUUGCCAAUAAACUUCAGGUCAGCAUAACUCCGUGU